UUCAACAGACUUCAGCCCGCAUGAGAAAAUGAAGCUGUUACUGUUGUUGUUAUGGUGAGAAGCGUUUUUGCCAAAGGGAGGGACGGUUCAGUAAUUUAGAAUAUAAGAGAGGGCAGUUAGUGGGUCUUCCUCAGUGCACCUCUCUGGUCUCUGUAAGAGAGAGCGAGAGUGUGUGUCAAGCACUGACUCAUCAAGAAGCAAAAGCAGUGCUGGAACGAAAUGUCUUCGAAGAGCAAAGGAUGGGGAGGAGAGGUAACAAUGAGGAAUGUGAUGUCAAGGAACUGGGCUUUUCUGCUAUGCUUCUGCAGCUUCUGUGCUGGAGUGUUAUUUACUAACAGGUUGUCGAUGGUGCCUGAAUCAAGGCCAUCUAGAAUUGGAGCUGAAAGGAUAUAUUCAGAACCUGAUGGUUGUAAUCAGAAGCUUGUUAUAAAGCACACGUCUAAUGAUAGUCCAGGGGAAGCUACUAAUCAUGUCAUUCAGGAGCUAAAUAAAACAAUUUCAAAUUUGGAGAUGAAAUUAGCCGCUUCCAGGGCAAUGCAUGAAUCUGUACAUAAUGGCUCUCCUAUAUCAGGAAACUUGAAGACUCUUCAAUCAAAUUCGAAAAAAAAGUACUUCAUGGUUAUAGGGAUCAAUACAGCUUUUAAUAGCCGAAAAAGAAGAGAUUCCGUACGUGCAACUUGGAUGCCACAAGGCAAGGAAAGAAAGAAGCUGGAAGAAGAGAAGGGCAUAGUCAUACGGUUUGUUAUAGGUCACAGUUCGACAGCUGGUGGUAUUCUUGAUAAAGCUAUUGAAGCGGAGGAGCAAGUCAAUGGAGACUUGUUGAGGCUGAACCAUGUUGAGGGCUACCUGGAAUUAUCAGCCAAGACAAAGACCUAUUUUUCAACAGCUGUUGCUUUGUGGGAUGCUGAAUUUUAUGUCAAAGUUGAUGAUGAUGUCCAUGUAAAUUUAGCAACACUUGGAAUGAUUCUAUCUAAACAUCGUUUGAAACCCCGAGUCUAUAUUGGUUGCAUGAAGUCAGGUCCAGUCCUUGCUCGAAAGGGAGUGAAAUAUCAUGAGCCAGAGUAUUGGAAAUUUGGUGAGGUGGGAAACAAGUAUUUUCGACAUGCUACAGGACAGUUAUAUGCUAUCUCAAAAGAUUUGGCAACUUACAUAUCAAUAAACCAGGAUGUGCUGCACAAAUAUGCCAAUGAAGAUGUUUCGUUGGGAUCUUGGUUUAUUGGUUUAGACGUAGAACAGGUGGAUGACAGGAGACUCUGUUGUGGUACCCCACCAGAUUGUGUGUGGAAGGCUAUGACAGGCAACAUCUGCGCUGCUUCAUUUGAUUGGCGAUGCAGCGGGAUUUGCAGGUCUGUUGAGAGGAUAAUGGAUGUUCACGAACGUUGCGGUGAGGACAAGAACGCUAUUUGGAAUGCGAGGUUUUCUCAAUGAAUGGCUGAUAUUCUUCCAAUCUCAUGAAGGAUGUGCGGAUAAUCUGGAAAAAACAUGCAGAUGUUUUUUAUUUUUCCAUUCCCGCCCAGGCUAUGUCUACGUUGAUAUAGAGAAUGUACGUAAUACCAAAAAUAUAGAACGAUUACACAGUUAAGGAAAAGGGAUUGCCGUGGGGGGCCAUUCUCCGUUCUAGCUCAGGAAAUCAACCCCCAAUGGCAGCUGGAAAGAUGAAGAUAGAUUUUCUAACAACCCCAUUCUUUUGAUGGUGGGGGAGCUAUAUUGUAAGUUCUCUGCCAUGGACUAGGCUUCAUAUUCAUAAUAUGUUUCCGUAUAUGUUUGUCGUA